AGCACCAGCAGACCUUCAUAAAUCAGCUACGGGAGAUCACUGGUAUUAAUGACCUGCAGGUACUUCAGCAAGCAUUAAAAGACAGUAAUGGAAAUCUGGAGUUAGCGGUUGCAUUUCUUACAGCAAAUAAUGCAAAGCUCCCACAGCCAGAAGAAGCCACGUACUAUCAGACUGCGCUCCCCAAUAAUGACCGAUACAUCAGUGUGGGCAGCCAGGCGGACACAAAUGUGAUUGAUCUCACUGGUGAUGAUAAAGAUGACCUUCAGAGGGCAAUAGCAUUGAGCCUGGAGGAGUCAAAUAGAACGUUCAGGGAGACGGGCAUCACUGAUGAGGAACAAGCCAUCAGCAGGGUGUUGGAAGCCAGUAUAGCCGAGAACAAGGCCAGCCUAAAACGCACCCACACCGAGGUUUGGAGUGACUCGCCCAAUCCUUAUGACCGAAAGCGACAAGACAACUGCCCGGUGGGAUUAAAAAAAUGUGGGGAAUACUUGUUGGUUCAGUGCGGUCAUCCAGUCCCUCUUCAACCUGCUGGAAUUUCGCAGACUUGUUUUGAACUACAGCCCCCCUGCAAGUGCUCAGGAUGUACCCCGAAACCAAAAGGAACACAGAAACCUGCCUUUCAUGCGUGAGCUGAGAUAUCUCUUCUCACUGUUGGUCAGUUCAAAGAGGAAAUAUGUCGAUCCUUCUAGAGCAGUAGAGAUUCUAAAGGAUGCCUUUAAGUCAAAUGACUCUCAGCAGCAAGAUGUAAGUGAAUUCACCCACAAACUGCUGGACUGGCUGGAGGACGCGUUCCAGAUAAAGGCAGAGGAAGAAAGGGAUGGAGAAAAGCCAAAGAACCCAAUGGUGGAGCUCUUCUAUGGACGAUUCCUGGCAGUGGGUGUUCAUGAAGGAAAGAAAUUUGAAAACACGGAGAUGUUUGGGCAGUAUCCUCUCCAGGUGAACGGAUUCAAAGACUUGCAUGAAUGCCUAGAGGCUGCCAUGAUAGAGGGCGAGAUCGAGUCAUUGCAUUCAGAAAACUCAAGCAAGUCUGGUCAAGAGCACUGGUUCACAGAACUUCCACCUGUACUGACAUUUGAGCUGUCCAGGUUUGAAUUUAAUCAAGCAUUGGGAAGGCCUGAGAAAAUCCACAACAAGCUGGAGUUUCCACCAUGUCUAUACAUGGAUAGAUAUAUGCACAAAAACAGGGAGAUUACCCGGCUCAAACGAGACGAGAUCAAGAGACUGAAAGAGCACCUGACAGUUUUACAGCAGCGGCUAGAAAGGUAUUUAAGUUAUGGCUCUGGCCCCAAACGGUUCCCUCUGGCUGAUGUGUUACAAUAUGCCCUGGAGUUUGCAUCUAGCAAACCUGUCUGCACUUCCCCUGUGGAGGAUAUUGAUACAAGUGCUCCACCUAGUGGUCCCUUGGUCACACAACCCAUGCAAAGCACAAUGGAACAUCAAGGGCCUUCUUCAUCCAGUGAGCCUCAGUCCAACCAGCGUUCCGUUAUUCACAAACCAUUCACGCAGUCCAGAAUACCUCCAGAUCUACCUAUGCACCCAGCUCCGCGCCAUAUUACAGACGAGGAACUGACAGUAUUAGAAGGGUGUUUACACCGCUGGAGGACGGAGGUGGAAACGGACACUAGAGACCUACAGGACAGCAUUGGUAGAAUACACCGGACGAUAGAACUCAUGUACUCCGACAAGCUGAUGACACAAGUUCCAUACAGGUUACAUGCAGUGUUGGUCCACGAAGGCCAAGCUAAUGCAGGACACUACUGGGCAUAUAUUUUUGACCACAAUGAGAAGAGGUGGAUGAAAUAUAAUGACAUCUCAGUCACUAAGUCUUCAUGGGAAGAGCUAGAGCGGGAUUCCUUUGGAGGGUACAGAAAUGCCAGCGCCUACUGUUUAAUGUAUAUAAACGAGCAUGAACAGCACUUAAUACAAGAGGAAUAUGACAAGGAGACAGGACAGGUGCUGUCUGGAAUGGACACCUUACCUCCAGAUUUAAAGGAAUUUGUCAAAGAAGACAACCGGCGGUUUGAAAAGGAAAUUGAAGAAUGGGACAAGGAGCAACUUCGGAAAGCUGAGCAAGAGAAGAUGCGGAUUUCCCAGAAAACCAUAAAGCCACCUCCAGCUUCUGUGUCUGCUGCUGUAAAAGAGCCGGAGUACUUGGAGCAGCCCACGAGAGCAGAGCUGCCUGAGGAGACAACGGAGGAAACCACUAAUGCCAUCACACAGGCAGCCACAGAGUCUGAAGAAAAAGGUCCAGAGGCAGUCCUGCAAACGGUCAUGAUGACCCCGAACAUGCAAGGUAUCAUCAUGGCCAUAGGUAAAUCCAGGAAUGUGUAUGACAUGUGUGGGCCUGAAGCUGGGUUCUUUAAGGCCAUCAAAACAGAGUAUGCACGGUUAUUGAAACUAGCACAAGAGGAUCCCCCUCCAGAGACCGAUUAUCGGCUACAGCAUGCGGUUGUUUACUUCAUCCAGAGCCAGGCGCCAAAGAAAAUCAUUGAGAGGACCCUGCUAGAGCAGUUUGCUGAUCGCAACCUGAGUUUUGAUGAACGUUGCCGCAACAUUAUGAAAGUGGCUCAGGCGAAGCUUGAAAUGAUCAAACCUGAUGAGGUUAAUAUGGAAGAAUACAGGCGCUGGCACAAGGAGUACAAGAGUUUCCGGGACACCACAAUGUACAUCUUAAUUGGUUUGGAGCUGUUUCAGAACAAAAGCUAUGUUGAAGCAUUGCUCUACCUUAUCUUUGGCUACCAGUAUAACAAAGAGCUGCUGUCCAGAGGCCUAUACAGAGGACACGAUGAGGAGCUCAUAUCACACUAUCGCAGAGAGUGUUUGCUGAAACUAAAUGAGAAAGCAGCAGCCAUGUUUGAGUCUGGAGAUGUAGAGGAAGUCUGUAAUGGGCUGACUUUGAUGAAUGAACUUAUUGUACCAUGCUUGCCCAUGCUGCUGAUUGAUGAAAUGGAGGAAAAGGACAUCAUUGCUGUAGAAGAUAUGAGGAAUCGCUGGUGUUCAUACUUGGGACAAGAAAUGGAGUCCUCUUUGCAAGAAAGGCUUACAGACUUCCUGCCAAAACUGCUGGAUUGUUCAACGGAAAUUAAAGGCUUCAACGACCUGCCAAAGCUACCCAACUUUUCCACGCACGAGCUGUGUGAACGUUUUUCCCGAAUUAUGUUGUCACUUAGCCGAACUCCAGCUGACGGGAGAUAA